AUGUCGGAAUCUAUUUACACACAUGACUUUCUUCUUGAGCCAGGUAUAGAGAUAAAACAGGAAUCGCCAUCAGAGUUAGGUACCAUGUCAGCCUCCGUACCGAUCCCGCAACGGCGUGUCGACCUCGGCGACUUUAACACAGAUUUAGAUUUGUGUCUUCAAGACAAUUUAGUUGGCUCCUUUCACAACAUGCCCACAAUGCAAUACAACAAGUUAGCAUUUGAAACUGACAAUUCCUCUAAAGUGGAAAGCUUCAGAAUGGAUGAUGAUGAUAUAUUCCAAGUAGACAAAGCCGAUUUAAUACUUGGACCAACACUUGCUGAGUUGAACGCUAACCCAGACACAUUGUUGGAUGAUUUAAAUUUUGAUGAUUUACUGUUGCCUGAGGAGAGUGGUUAUUGUGUACAGAUUGGAGGAGUGAUGGGUGGUUCACGCCGCCUUAACACAAUGCAGCCUAGUAGCAUUAUACCUGGAGAUAGCCCUUGCAGUCCUUAUAAUAGAGCCCAACUUGCGUUUUCACCUGCAAGUCAACAUAGUUCUGCUUCAUCAAGUUUUGCUCAGCCUAUGAAUCAGUUGCCGGAACUUCUACUUAAAAUGGAUGGUUAUAGUGCUGAAAUAGCUUUGGGGCAGUCUGUUCCUGCCUCCACAGUACUGCCACCAUACCCUACUAAUGUUCAACAACAGCCUACACAGCUUUCCUCUUCAGCACCAACUAAUCUUACAAUGGAACAGAUUUGGCAACGCAGAGAACCUCGGAAACAUUUGCUAUCCACAAGUUCUUUGGCUGAGGCAGGAUCUGCAUCAUCACUCUCUGGAGGUCUCCUUAGUCCUGGCACUGUUGACUUCUCUCAAGAUGAAGACGAUCGCGACAUUGAGUCUGAUGAAGAUAGUGACAGAUAUGAAGAUCUCUCUUCCGAUGAAUCAAAUGAUGAGUCAGACAAUAAACCUCGUCAUAGUUCGAAGAAAGAGAGAUUUUUUUGGCAAUACAAUGUCCAAGCUAAAGGCCCCAAAGGUCAAAGACUUAUUUUAAAAAAUAAAUCUGAAGACCCACACAUCUUGAAUUUAGUCACUGAUCCUGUUUUCAGCCCCAGUUGCAGUGUAAGGGGUAUCAAGCACAGUGGAAAGGCUAGAAAAGGCGAUGGGAAUGAUUUGACACCAAAUCCAAGGAAACUAUACGUUAUUGGUAAAGAGCUGGAUAAUUUAGGUAAAGUCAUAAAUGACAUGAUACCGGUUAGCGAACUGCCGUUCAAUAUAAGACCGAAGACAAGAAAAGAGAAAAAUAAAUUAGCAUCACGCGCAUGCAGACUGAAGAAAAAAGCACAACAUGAAGCAAACAAAUUGAAACUUCAUGGCUUAGAGAAUGAACACAAACGUCUCUUGAAUGGAAUACACCAAAUGAAGCAAAUAUUAAGCAGCCGGAUGACUAAUUCACAAAAUAAUGUUGAUUGGAAUGCUCACAUCAAGAACAUAGUCAAUACAGCAACAGAAAUAAAAAUCGGCGGCAAAACUUCAGAAUUCGUGAACACUGUAUUGGACAAAGUAAGAGCGGGACAACCUAACGGUGGAUUGACUGAUCUAUAA